AUGGCUAUUGAAGCUCUUAGCAUAAGCUGCCUCCCUUCUUCAAUCCACCGCGGACGACGUUCCUCUGUCCCACUCUUCAAACACCCUCAACGCUCCUCCGCCUCCUCCUUUGCUGCCGUCGCAAUCACUGAGGGAAAUUUGCACAUAAGCUGUAUGAAUUUGAAUACUAAAGAACAGUUAUUGGUCGAUAGGCGUUCGGCAAAUUACAUGCCAAGUGUUUGGGAUUACAACUUUGUGAAGUCACUCAGUACUAAUUACGCAGAGGAGAGACAUAUGGAGCGGGUCCAGAGGAUGAAGGAAGAGGUGAAGUGCACAUUGGAGAAAGAGAAUAAUUUGUUGGCGAAGCUUGAGUUCAUUGAUGCAAUUCAAAGGCUUGGUUUGCAAUACCAUUUCGACAAUGAGAUCAAGAAGGCACUCCAAGUCAUCCAAAAUGAUUUAAAUGAUGCUCGGUUUCUAAUGAUCUUCACUCGACUGCCCUUCGAUUUAGACUUCUCAGACAACAUGGCUAUGAUGUAUCUCAAGGUAACGCUGGUUGAGGAUGUGAAGGGGCUGUUGAGUCUGUACGAAGCUUCUUUUCAUGGAUUGAAAGGCGAAAGUUUGUUGGAUGAAGCAAAGGCUUUCACUUGCAAGCUUUUGAAUCUUCUUAAUCUAGAAGGAGGAAUCAUCUCCUCUUGCAUGGGCAAAAAAAUAAGCCAUGCCUUGGAAUUGCCUAUCCAUUGGAGACCUAGUAGAUUGGAAGCUAGAUGGUUCAUGGACAUCUACGAGGAAGAUCCACACAUGAAUCGGACUUUGCUCGAGAUGGCGAAGUUGGAUUUCAAUGUAUUGCAAUCAACCUACCAGAAGGAAGUGAGUGAACUGGCAAGGGUUCUUUUAACCAAGAUCACUUCCAUGAUAACGCUCAUAGACGAUGUUUAUGACGUGUUUGGCACUUUGGAAGAACUCGAACUCUUGAUCGACAUUGUUGAAAGAUGGGAUAUUACCAACAUCGACAAACUUCCUCCGACAAUAAGGACUUCUUUCCUAGCUCUGUUCAAUACUACCAACAACGUCGGAUUGGAGAUACUGAAAGAACAAGGCCUUAACCCCAUACCUUACAUUCGGAAAAUGUGGGCGAAUGAAUGUAGGGCACACCUUAAAGAGGCCAAGUGGUACCACGAGGGCUAUAACCCAACAUUGGAGGAAUAUCUCCCAACUUCAGAUGAAAUGGUCAGAGGAGAUAAUCCUAACGCAGUCGAGUGCUACGUGAAUGAAAGUGGAGCUUCACAGGAAACUGCGGUGGAACACGUUAAACAUAUUGUUUGGGAAAACUGGAAGACGAUGAACGAACAGGCAUUUGGCGAUUGUCCAUUCCCAGGGAUGGAAGCCUUUAUUGGGGCAUGUUUGAAUCUCCCGCGUGCCUCUCACAGCUUUUACAAGUAUGGAGAUGGCCAUGGCAUUCCGGACCGCGAGACCAAGGAGAACAUCAUGUGGUGGCUUGAGCUAGGCGUCAACAAGAUGGGCUUUUCCAGAGAUAGACUGGUGGAACAUUAUUUAUGGUCCCGCAGUAUGGUUCACGAGCCAGAAUAUGGAUUUUGCAGGGUCAUGAUAACCAAGAUUACUUGCAUAAUAACGCUCAUAGACGAUGUUUAUGCCGUGUUUGGCACUUUGGAAGAACUUAAACUGCUGACAGACUUCGUUGAAAGAUGGGAUAUUACCGACAAUGAAAAACUUCCUCAGACAAUAAGGAUUUCUUUCCUAGCUCUGUUCAAUACUACCAACAACGUCGGAUUGGAGAUACUGAAAGAGCAAGGCUUUAACCCCAUACCUUACAUUCGGAAAAUGGUUGAUUCCUACGAGUAG